CUUCUUAUAUGGGUCUUCUAAAACCAAAUAUAACGCGCACACCGGUGCAUUUUAGCAUCUUUUGUUAACCAACUUCAUCAAUCAAUCGUCCCUUCUUAUUCAAUAUCCAAAAAAAAAAAAAAAAACUAAUUUCCAUUCCGUAGCUUAUCAGAAUCUAGGAUUUCUUUACUACCCCCAUCAAAAAUCUUUCAUUGUUACUCCUAUCGUUCUUACUCUUUCCUGCACAACAAAAAUAGGGUCUUUCUCUCUCCUCACUCCGAUUUCCAUAGUGAUAAAUGAAUAACUUUUGGUUGUUGGUUUAGUUGGUUUGAGGAUUAUCUUUGUAUUGUGAAAAAAGUGGUGAUUGUUAGUAGGGAGAAGAUUUACGAUGUCGAGUGGUGGAAAUACACACUGGUGUUAUCAAUGCAGGCAGCCAGUUCGCCCUCAAACUCGAGGGAUGGUUUGCCCUUAUUGUGAUGGAGGGUUUGUGCAGGACUUGAGUGAAUUAGGUGGUAAUCCUGGUGGAUAUAAUACCUCUUAUGGUGCAAGAGAUAGUUCGGAUCAAGUAUUAGGAAUUAUGGGAGCAUUAGACUCUUUGAUGUUAAGCAGUACUCCCGAGCAUCGGUUAGGAUUAAUUGAAGCUUUGGAUGCUUUUAUGGGGCAAAGAAGGAGAUAUGGUAUGGAUUCAGAUCGUUACCCUUGGUUGAUAUUUCAAGGGCAAAUGCCUGCAAGGAUGCCAGUUCAUAGACAUGGUGGGUUCGAGAUGUUCUUCAAUGGGAACCCAGGAAUUGGAUUUAGUCGGGGAAACAAUGGUGAUUUGUUUGUGGGUCCUGGACUUCAGGAGUUAAUAGAGCAGCUAAUGGUUGAUCGGCAAGGUCCACCACCAGCUCCUCGAUCAGCAAUCGAUGCUAUGCCAACGAUCAAGAUCACUCGGGCUCAUAUUCAGACUGAUUCACAUUGCCCUGUUUGUAAAGAUCAAUUCGAGCUGGGCACUGAAGCUAGGCAAAUGCCCUGCCAUCACAUAUAUCAUUCUGAUUGCAUAAUCCCAUGGUUAGUUCAGCAUAACUCUUGCCCUGUCUGUCGCCAUGAGUUAGGUUCAAGUCCCGUAAAUUGUGGGCAGAACUCAAGUAGUGGGAGCAGAAGAAGCUCUAAUAGCAACUCCCGGGAAAGAGGAAGCACCGAUCAGAAUACGAGCAGGAGGAAUCCAUUAUCUUUCCUGUGGCCUUUUCGCUCAUCAAACAACAGCAGCAGCAGCCGAGAGUAUGUAGCAACACCAGCAAGUAGUCGUAGCAACCCGCCACCAGCAAGCCAUGAAGACAAUCACGAAAUGAACUACAGUGGUUGGCCUUUUGAUUACUAGGUUAUGUUUGUAUGUGUGUGUAUCAACUGCUUGAAUUACUUGCUGUGUUUGCUUGCUUGAUUUCAUACCUUGGUAAUCAAUUUGGCUUAUGUUAACAGAAAAUUUUCGUAAAUAUGUUGAAAGGAACAAAAGUUGUCUCAGACAAUGAUCAUGUUUUUGGUUCUGGUCCCAAGAACUUUUUAUUUCAUACCUUGGUAAUCAAUUUGGCUUAUGUGUUGUUUU